CAGUCUCAGCCUGCACGGUGACGGCAGGACCUCCGAGCCCCAAUGGACGUCUUCCAGGAGGCUGUGGGUUAUCUGGAGUCACACCAUGUACUGGUUGAAGCAGAGGCUGAAGUCCUGGAGGAGGAUGUGUUCCAGGAGGAGGCAGCGUCCUGGUUUCUCUCUCCUCUCCACGGCGAGAGCAUAGACUUCCCCGACACCCCUACGUCACAAAGUCCGGAGGAGAUGCUGGAGAGGAGGCUGGUGGUCCUGAGAGGCAUCCUGGAGAGUGAGGAGGUUUACCUGAGAGAGCUGGAGACCCUGCUGAUGCCAAUGAAGGCUCUGCGCGCCUCGGCCGGGACCUCCCAGCCGGUUCUGACCAGUCGACAGGUCCAGAUUGUUUUCUACCAGGUGCCAGAGCUCAGAGACAUGCACCAGGACUUCUACUCCGGCCUGAAGGCCCGGCUGAGCGCACACGGCCCUCCUGAGGAGGGAGACAUGAGCCACACAGGGUUCGAUCUGAUGGUAGGGGACCUGUUUCUGAAAAUGGUGAACCAGAUUGGUCUGUACGGUGGUUUCAUUGAGAACUACGAGGAAGCUGUUGAAGUCGUCCGCAAGUGCACACACUCGGAGCCUCGCUUCCGAACCCUGGCCGAGAGCAUGAUGUCGAAAAACGGCUCAGACAAAACUCGGGUCGAAUACACAUUUGAAGCUCUGCUAUACAAGCCCUUGGACAGAGUAACCAGGACCACACUAGUGCUGCGUGACCUCCUGAAGACGACACCAGAGGAGCACGAAGAUUACACGUACUUACAGGAAGCGCUGAGAUUGUCUCGCAGCUUCCUGUCUGGUGUCAAUGAGAGUUCACAGUGCAAACGAGAGGUCACGCUCAGUCAUGGCAUGAGACGUCAGCUGAUGCGUGACAGCUUUGUGGUGGAUGCAAGCGAGGGGGAACGCAGCCUGCGUCACCUUUUCCUUUACACCGACCUCCUGCUGUGCACCAGAUUCAAACAUGCACACAAAGGGAAGCCGGACCAGUACAGGUUCAGCUGGUAUCUGCCUCUUGCUGGUCUCAAACUUCGCUGGGUUGCAGAUCAAGAACGUUCAGCAGACGCACACCUUCGUUUACGCACCAUAAGAACCAAGAUGCACCUCCUCCGGCAGCAGCUACGGCAGCACGCAAAGGGGUCCAGGGCCUUGGCUUUGGCAGCUCGUAGCAGGAAGAAACUGGAGCAAAUGGAGUUGCUGCUGCUCACACACUCCCCUGUUUACACACUGGAGCUGCAUAGCCCCAGUGGCAAGAGUCACACGCUCCUCUUUUCCUCCCUGUAUGAGCUUGAAGAGUGGAGAGAAGCCAUUCACAAACUCACCACAGACAACAUAGAAACUGUCCCUCCAGACCUGCUCACUCUCACCAGCGCAUGUGUGAAACUGAGAAUGACUCAGCAGCCGCAACUUCACAGCACAACCACUGUCGAGGACGAGAAGUCUUUGUGUGGGACUCUGAGUGUGGCCAUCCACUCUGCCUGUGGCCUGCAGCAACCUGCCUUUGUUUAUGUGUGUGUUGAAGUGGAUGGAUAUGAGUUUUACGAUAAACAAGCCCAGACUCACUCUUCAGUCCACAGCCUCAACCCACAUUGGGACCAGGAGCUGUCGUUCCAGGUGGACGGGGCGCAGGAGCUGAGGGUGCUUUGUGUGAGCCAGUCAAAUCGACAGGAUGCUGUCCUGGGAAAAGCUUCUGUAAAAUUGGAAUCUAAAACCCUGAAUAAGCGAUGGAGGAAACAGAUUCUACACCUCGGCCAGGUGGAGGUGACUCUCUCCCUGAAGUAUUCUCCCCACCCAAUUGAGCCACCGAGCUCCACAGCUCAACAACCGCCCGUCUUCUGUGUCCCCAUUGAAACUGUGGCUCAACAGGAGGGAGUGCUCGUCCCACAUGUGGUGCGCUGCUGUGUGGAGGAGUUGGAGAGGAGAGGCCUGGUCGAGGUGGGCAUCUACAGGGUUUCAGGAACCACCAGUGACAUCAGCACGCUCAAGACGGCGUUCAACAGCAAUCUGCGUGAGGCGGUGACGCGGCUGAGAUGUGCCGAAGUGAACGCCGUCUCUGGUGUUCUCAAACUGUACUUCAGAGAGCUGCCGGAGCCUCUGAUACCCCCCGAGAUGUUUCAGAGCCUGGCCAAGACGCUCGACAUCCAGGACAUGAACUCCCGGCUUGUCUCCAUGUUGUCCCUGCUGCUCUCCUGCCCUGACCCCAACCGCAACACCUUCCUGUACCUCAUGCACCACCUCCAACGAGUGUCUGAGAAGCAAGACGUCAACAAGAUGUCUCUGUUGAACCUGGCCACUGUGUUCGGUCCCAGCCUCUUACGCCCCCCUGUGGUUGGACUGGGGCUCGACAUGGACAUCGCCCAGGAGGUGGUGGUGCAGGUCCAAGUGGUUUUCAGCUUCCUGCAGUGCAACAACCUCCCUGAAGCCCAGACCUCUCUGCCACAUGACACAGACGCUGAAGAUGAGACCACCCACGUGUGAGACCACCAUCAGUGUCCCAGCUGGCAGAAAAUUCAAAAUACUGCGUGUAAAGAAAUAUCUGUGUUUAGACUGUUAGACAAUAAAAG